CAUUUUUAUCACAGACCAAAAUGUCAAAAUCGUCUUUCGACAAUGAAGGGUUUCAAAUUGUAAAAAGUAAAAAAUCUACGAAAAAUCUAACAAGAUUGCCAAAUCAUAGCACUGAUUUUGUAAAACAAGAGGCCCAAGUAGAUAUCGAUAAAGCUAUUUGCCGAAUACAGAGUGCUGUUGAGGAAUUGAGGCAAUCAGAGUACUUCAUUAAUAUAUCUAAAUCUGUGAAAAGCCAACUUACAAGAACACAGAAGAAUUCAUAACAUCGCUAAUGGUUAAAAAAUUGAAUAUUUGAUUUU